AUGUCGUCCAAGCGGUUGCAGACUGCUACCAAGUUCGUGGAUCAUUAUGCCAAGCAUGACAACGAGGUGCUUCACACCUUGCUCACCGACGACCUUACCUAUGAGUUUGCGCCGUCCCGCUCUCUUGACAACUUGAAAGCACUGGACAAGGCAGGCUAUCUUGAAUUCAAGGAAGGCAUGAAGCUAGCAAUGACCGGAUACCCACUCGAUGUCAAUAAGUAUAUUGAAGGAGAAAGCGCCAAUAUGGUCGUUGUCUGGGCCACGGGCGGCCCGCAGUGGCGGGAGGAACUCAAGGACUACGAGGUGUUUUCCGAGGAACAAUGGGCGUAUGUGGGCGAGUUCGUCUUCAUGCUGACCAUGGACGAGACGGGGGAAAAGAUCACCAAGAUUGUCGAGUUCGUGGAUAGCAAAGGCACGGACAACAAGAUUUGGCCCCUGGCUCAGCGUGCCUUGGGCAACUUGCAGAAGCCGAAGUAG